AUGGAUAUUGCAGGCACAGAACAACUUUCUCUUUCUGCACGUUAUUUUGACCAUGCAACUAAUGUUGUCACAGAAGACUUCCUUGGAUUUACACCAUUAGCAAGGUUAGAUGUAAAAAAAAACUCCAACACAAUAAUAUCUACUUCAUUUGCUUGGGGUUUAAAUCUAGAUAAAAUGGUAGGACAAGGCUAUGACGGGUGCAGUACGAUGGCCGGUAAAAUUGGCAGAGUACAGAAGAUAAUUGCUGAGAAAUAUCCCAAGGCUUGCUUCUAUCAUUGUGCUUGCCAUAGACUUAAUUUAGUUGUGAAUGAUUUGUACACCUUACCAGAGGUUAGAAAUGCCAUUGGUACUAUCAAAGAAGGAAUUUCUUUUUUCCGGGGGAGCGCGCAAAGGAAAGUCCUAGUUGGGAACCUUCAAAAACUGUGUGAGGCACGCUGGUCUGAGAAGCAUAAGUCUAUAAGGAAAUUUAAUGAUAAGUUUUUAGAAAUUGUUGAAGCACUAGCAAUUUUACAUAAAGAAGGAGAUCGUGGAACUAGGCAGAAAGCCUGGCAACUUUACUGCACACUUACUUCUCCAAAAUUUAUUGUUACAUUAAAAGUCAUAGCAAAAUAUUCAGCCAAACUAGAACCUGUCACCAAUAUCCUACAAUCAGCAAACAUUAACUUGUUAGAAGUUUCAGAACACAUUCAAGGAAUUGUGUAA